GGAGACUUUCCGGUCUAGAAUUCUGCUUCUAAUUUUUAUCAAAUUCUGGUAUUUUUCUUGACUCUGGUUGGAAAGAUUCCUCGUGAGGCUGUGGCGUUUUGAUUAGUUGUACGAGCAACCAAAUGAGAUGAUAUUUUCAAAAUCAAGCAAAUACGGAUAGAACAGAGUUAUUUAGCAAGAUUUUAGGUAAAAGUCGUUUGAAGAUAAAUGAACUAUGGUAAACAUUAUACCGAUUGAAUUCUACAAGUAAAUUCAUUCUAUUAGUUCCUAUUUAAUAACUGAUAGUAAUAAUCGAUAGACAUCCAGAGAGAUUAUGCGUCAGAAAACGACAUCUAUAGCAAAAAUUGAUUGUAAGAAAGAUUGAAUAUAAAACUCUUUCUAUUAAGUAGUCAACAUAAUAUCGAAUAUAAAUUUUCUUCAAAAUAUUUAUUAUAUGGAACGUCAUAAGCAAACAAACAAUUGCUUUAAACUUAAUAAUUUAUAGAGAACUCUUGAUUUAUAAUCAAUUGGUUUAGAUUGAUUUAGACCCUUAUUUAUUUAUCCUACACACAGGUUAUUUAUUUUAACCAAUCAUUAAUUAUUCACUACCACUUCUUUUGUCUCAUGAGUCGAUUAUUAUUAACUAAUUAACAAUAAAAAAAAAACAAAAACAAAAUAAUAUACAUUUAUUAUUUAUUAUUCUGAAUCAAUGUACAAGUAUUUUCUGUAACUUAAGGUAUAUUAAAUAUAAAAUCUGUGUUUUGAAGUUUCCUCUAAUAGUUAUUGUUUUUUAUUUUUCUUAUAUAGCAAUGUUAAAUAAUUAUGUCAUCAAAAGAUUUUGUCGAAAUCCGACUUGUAUGCAAAACGGAUUAUCUCGAUCCAAAAUUAAAAAUAAAACUAUAUGAAAUUAGAAAUAAAUUAAGACAAAUACUUCAUAUCGGUCGAAAAAGAUUUGUUUUAAAAAAAAUACAACCAUGGAAUAGUGUAAAAGUUACAUUUGACAUUCCAAAAACAGCAGCUGAUCAGUUACGUUUACUUGCUAUUGAAGGGAAUGUAUGUCUCAUUGAACUUGGUAUACUUAGUGUAGAAAUUGUUGGACAAUCAAAUAUGAUUGUAGUUAAUAAUAAGAAUAAUUCAUCGACAACAACGAACAGUAAAAAAUUAGCUUCAACAACUUCAUUUAAUUCAACUCCUAUAAAACAAUUUUUCGUUGAAUACAAAAUCUAA